AUGAAUCCUUACAGGGGUGGUGCAGGGUAUAUAGAUCUUUUGCCCCUUUUUAAAACAGCGGAGAGGUGGAAACUGCGUACAUGGGUCCCCUGUUAACAAUCAUAGACCCAAACUCCGUACUGCGGGCCUUCAAGGCUUCUCUCAGUGGCAGAGCUUAUCCCAACAUUGCGCGAGCCACGAGCUUGGCAAAUAUAACCUGCAUAUUUCAAAAAUUCACUUCGUCUUAUCAUCGUGAUGAUUAGUCAAUUCUCUGCGGCUUCAAUAGCCGCGACGGCUGCCUUCCUCGUCAUUGCUGCCCUUAUUCUCCAGAUCAUUCAGAGGCUAUUCUUCCACCCUCUUCGUUCAGCUCCCGGACCAUGGGCCAACAGCAUCUCUGAGAUACCUGCCACCAUAGCUUUGGUAACGGGAAAUCAACACACAUACUACAGGUCAUUGCAUGAGAAAUAUGGCCCGAUCGUGCGAGUCUCCCCCGGGGAACUUAGCUUUGUCAGUGUUGAGGCACGAGAGGAAAUUUACGGUCUACGAAAAGGCGGUUUGAACAUGGAAAAGAGCGCCAUCUUCCUUGGAGCUGUGGGCAGUGUCGAGGGACAAACUGGCGUCAGUUUGGCUUUGAACGCCGAGCACACUCGCCAGCGUAGGGCACUGGGCUACCUAUUCACAAACACGGCGUUACUCCAGCAUGAAAGCUUACUUCAACUACAUGUAAAUAAGCUCAUUGCCGUGCUCAAGGAAAAGGAAGCCGAGAACCAACCCGUCGAUGUCUCAAGUUGGUUCACCUACACCUCCUUCGAUGUAAUGGGCGACCUAUGCUUCGCCGAACCCUUCGGAUGCCUCGACCAGGCCUCAGCAACAGAAUGGUCCACCUCCGUAAUCAACGUCUUCAUAGCCGCCACCUGGACCCAAGGCAUCCGCCGUCUCUGCGGUGUAGGCACCCUCCUCGAGUCCCUAGCAACCAAACUCCUCGUCCCCGCAAAAGCUGCACAAUGGCGAAACACCCACCUCAACAACUCACGGGAGAAGACAGCAAAACGCCUCGCGGACGGAGACCGCGACCACACCGACUUCAUCUACCAGAUCCUCAAACACAAUGAAGCCAAAAACUCCCUUUCCGACACGGAAAUCAAACUCAACAUGGCCCUCUUCAUCAGUGCUGGCACCGACACAACAGCCACCACUCUGGCAGGGUGGACAUACUACAUCUGUGCCCACCCCGCUGUCUACACGCGCGUCGUGUCCGAGAUCCGCUCGGCCAUCGCAGACGCAGAAGACAUUAAGUGGGAAAACGUCCGCAACCUCCGCUACCUCGAAUCAACCAUCCACGAAGCGCUCCGACUCUUCCCGCCGUCGGGUGCAAGCCAACAGCGCAUUGUUCCCUGCGGCGGGGCAACGAUUGACGGCUUCUACGUCCCAGCUGGCACGACUGUCGCUGUCUCCCCGUGGGCCUCGACGCGCUCGAAACUGAACUUCCACGACCCCGACGACUUCCGUCCCGAGCGCUGGCUCGGCGAGGGAGAGGAAUACGCGAAUGACCGCCUCGGUGCGUCGUUACCAUUCGGCACGGGACCGAGAGUGUGUAUUGGGCGGAACUUGGCGUAUAUGGAGAUGCGACUUAUAGCAGCACAUUUGCUGUGGAGUUUUGACAUGGCGAUUGAUCGGGGGAGGUAUGAGGAAGAGAAUAGUCUUUGGGGGUUUGAGGGGAGGAUGAAGACGCAGAAGGUGUUUCAUUCGAUGAUGAAGCCGGAGUUGUGGGUGGGGUUGAAGGAGGUUGGGCGGUGAGGGUUGCCUGCAUACAAACCCAGGACGCAAAUUGCCAUCCCCUCUCCAUCUCACACAGCCUGUAAUGCGGGGAGGCGUCAUGAUCACAACGUGCUCGUGUUGCAUUGUCUCAUUGCCAGAUGCAAUAGCGAUGGAGCACGUGGAUGAGCGAUGAAGCAUAUACCCGCCAAGUCCAAGAAACUGUCUGUUUCUUGGACUUGACGUAACUGCGAACGAAGGGUGACUGCAGAGGGAGAUCUAAAAUAGAAAGGAGAAAUUUGAAAUCGAACAUACCUUUUUUGCAGACCUACUUGCUCAGUAGGCCACUUCAGCAGCUGCUACACUCGCGAGUAUAGCAGCUGCGAUGUGGUGUAGCUUUAGCCUAGAGUAGUUAGCUGCUGUAUAUAGCGUAAUAUACGAUAAUUUGAAGCUGG